UUCAGUCUGACAGGGAGGGCGACGGCGGGCGUGUUGGAUGUAUGAGCUCGGGGCCACCAUGUUCCCUGCUGUGACUCCAAAGAAGAGACGGCCCCCGUACCUCCAGCUGCUGAUUCCUGGUCCAUUUGCAGCAUGUACAGGAUGAUUGACAGCUGCUCCUCCUGAAGCCCAGCAUGCCAGCAGCGUCCGCGGGCAGGGCAUCCUCCUCCCGCCGCGUCGUUCCCGUGGGCCUCGCCUGCCACUGGCUGCUGCUGCUCGUCCACGCCGCCGUCGCCCAGAAACCCGCCAAGCUCCCUCUGAUUGGUCGGAAGCCCUUCAUCGCCGCCUGGAACGCGCCACUGGACAUGUGCGCCAUCAAGUACAACAUCAGCACCAACCUCAACCGCCUCUUCCACAUCCACGGGAGCCCGCGCGCCGACUGGACCGGCCAGAACGUCACCAUCUUCUACGCCAACCGCCUGGGCUACUACCCGUACUACACGCCGCAGGGCGCCGCUGUCAACGGCGGCCUGCCCCAGAACUGCAGCCUGGACCUGCACCUGUUCAAGGCCUUCCAGGACAUCAACCACUUCAUCCCCCGGGAGGACUUCCGCGGCCUGGCCGUCAUUGACUGGGAGUUCUGGCGGCCUCAGUGGGGCCGGAACUGGCACAAGAAGGACAUCUACCGGCAGCGGUCCAAGGAGCUGACCGCCGGGGCGUACGUCAACGUGACGGAGCAGCAGGUGGAGGAGCUGGCGCGGCGCCGCUUCGAGAAGAGCGCGCGCGUCUUCAUGCAGAGGACUAUUCAGCUGGGGACCAAGCUGCGGCCCAACGGCCUCUGGGGCUUCUACCUCUACCCCGACUGCCACAACUACAACCUGCACGAGCAGAACUACACGGGCUUCUGCCCGAUGCUGGAGGCGGCGAGGAACGACGAGCUGCUGUGGCUGUGGAACAGCAGCACGGCGCUCUUCCCCUCCGUGGCCAUCAGGAAACGCCACGCCAACAGCGUCGGCAACCUGCACUUCACCCAGCACCGGGUCCGGGAGGCGCUGCGGGUCGCCUCGCUCACCUCCAAGGAGCACGAGCUCCCCACCUACGUGUACCUGAGGCUGGGGUACCGAGAGGAGGCCCUGUCCUUUCUCACCACGAAGGAUUUGAUCCACACCAUCGGGGAGAGCGCUGCUCUGGGAGCUGCAGGGUUCGUCAUCUGGGGGGACCUGAACCUGACCUCAUCCAGGUACAACUGCACCAGGGUCAGGUCCUUCCUCGGCCGUCGCCUGGGUCAGUACAUCGUCAACGUGACGCGAGCCGCCGAGCUCUGCAGCGACUUCCUGUGCCAGGGGAACGGACGCUGCGUCCGCCGAGACCCCCGCGCUCGCCACUACCUCCACCUGAGCGCCGACCACCACCUCAUCCAGGCCUCCGGCGACGGAGACUUCACCGUCAGCGGGUGGACGUCGCCGCACGAGCUGCAGCUGCUGACCGAGCGCUUCCGCUGUCACUGCUACGAGGGCCACGAGGGCCCGCGAUGCGACAGCGUCAACGAAGUGAAGGAGGAGGACGGAGGGAGGGAGGAGGAGGAGAAGGAGAGGGAGAGGAAGAGGACGGAGUGGGAGGACGAGCAGAGAGAGGGAGAGAGCGCUGCGUCCUCACACGGCUGCAGCCUUCCUCUCCUGCUGGUACUGAUACUGUGGACCUCAUCUCUGAACACAGUCAGCUGAUGGUUUGGAUUUGAGGCUGAAUGAAGCCUGGACGCUGUCUGUUUACCUUCUGUAGCGUCUGAGCUGCAGUAGUUUUCAAACACUAACACUUAUUGUGGUUUUAAGUUUCUUUCUAGUUAGUUCUGAACUUGUUGUUGUACUUGCUACACUGAAUCACUCCUAAAACACCACAAUUCCAAACAGUUGAGCUCUUUCUUAAACUGAAGGUUUGAUUAAAUUUGAAACCAAAUAAGGCACCAGGACAGUUUUUUUUAACCUGGCUGAGAUCAAGACGUUCCAGGCUUUAUAUAAAAUGCAUAUGAGCAUUGUUGUGUACUUUGCGCCUGUGGAUGUCUGUGGUUAGGGGGUUGUGUGUAUUCAUGUCUGUACUGCCCCCCACCAAGCACACAACUCCAUACAGGACUACUGAGGCCAGCACAGUGUCAUGGAAAGUCCUUAUUGAGUCUCCUCAUUAGGUGGAGGCGACGUUGACCCUUCUUAUACAGAGCGCCUGAGUUGUUUGACCAGUCCAGUUUAUUUUGGAAGUGAACUUCCAGGUAUUUAAUUGAGUCCACAGUCUCUGUCUGAGCCCUGGAUGUUCACCAGUGCGUGGAGGGAACCUCUGAAGUCAAGCAUUAACUCCUUCAGAGGCGUGUGGUGAGGUUCAUGUUCAGACACUGACUUCUCCAGAGCCAGACUUACAAUAAAAGAACUUGAACGAGUAUCUUCAUGUUCACUAUGGGCAAAUACAAUUACUUUAAUUAUUACAGAGGGGACCAAACAGUGAUACUGGCUUUAACUCGCUUUACGCACUUAAAACAGAACUUUGAAUUAAAAUACCUCCACAGGACUUAACACUUACAACGGACAUUAAUAAAAACAUGAGAUUUUGCUUUCAGUUAACACAGGACUUCCGCCUUUUUUAGUUAACACAGGACUGCAAAUCAACACAAGACUUUGACUUUACUUGACUUAAAAAUCUAAGUUGGUGUCAUCAGUUAUUUUUUAGAAAAAUAAAUAAAAAAAUAAUAAUAAAACU